AUGUUUAAUGCAGAAGAAUUCAUGCAGAGUCCAACAUUGGACAAUUUAGCAUUAUUAAAGAAAGAUGAUUUGUUCUUGCUUGCUGGCCACUUAAACCUUGAGGUUCAAUCUUCUAUGAAAAAACAGAAAAUUAAAGAAGUUGUAGUUAAAUAUUUUGUCGAUAGUGGGAUUUUUGAAGAAACCUUCACAGAUGCUAUGGCUGACCCUGUGGGUAAGGUAAUGGAAGCUUACAAGGUAAGGUCUUUAGAGCUUGAGUACCAGUUCAAGUGUGAGGAGAUGAGAAUGGAGAAAGACAAAAGAGAAUUUGAGUUGAAAUGUCAAAUGGAGCGUGAGGAGAGAGAUCAUCAGAUUAAAAUGAAGGAAUUAGAUCUCGCUAGUGUUAGAACCCAGCCCAUUCCCUCUCAGAGUUUUGGUUCGAGUCAGUUCGACGCGACUAAGAACAUUAGACUUGUACCUAAAUUUCAAGAAAAGGAAAUCGACAAAUAUUUCUUGCACUUUGAAAAAGUUGCCUGUAGUUUAAAAUGGCCUAAGGAUGUAUGGACAAUCUUGUUACAAAGUGUUUUACUUGGUAAAGCAAGAGAAAUUUUCUCUGUAAUGCCUGUAGAGCUUAGUGGGGAUUAUGACUAUGUUAAAGAGCGCAUUUUAAAGGCAUAUGAGCUUGUGCCUGAAGCAUAUAGACAGAAAUUUAGAAAUGCUAGAAAACAAGCUGAUCAGACACAUGUAGAGUUUGCACGCGAGAAGACGCAGAUGUUUGAUAGAUGGCUUCGAUCAAAAGAUAUUGGUCAUGAUAUUGAAAAACUUAGGGAACUUGUGUUAAUGGAGGAAUUUAAAAAGUGUGUGCAUAAUGAUGUCAAAAGUCAUUUAGAUGAGCACAAGGUGGACACUUUGAAUCAGGCAGCCAUUAUGGCUGAUGAUUAUUCAUUAACCCAUAAGCUAAGUGCUAAGGUUAAUUACAAUACUCCAGUUAGUAGUCAAGCUUCCCAUGUUACAGCUAGUUCUAUCAAUAAAUCUACUAAGUCAGGUCAAGUUGACAAGUCUGUAAAUCAGACUAACAAUGUACAUCAAAGUACUGAGAGUCCUGUAAGGGUAAUGACAUGCGCAUAUUGUAAAAAGAAAGGUCAUAUAAUGUCUGACUGUUGGUCAUUGAAGAAAAAGGAAGAGAGAAAGGCUAAAGGUGUACAGCCUAACGCGUGUACCGCUGUAAUCCCAAAAAGGAAAACAGCUAAAACCAUGAGCCUGGACAAACACUGUCCUACUAAAUCUAAGUCUGUUAUGGACAAGAUGAAACCCUUUCUAUCUCAGGGAUAUGUUUCCCCUGAAGGUGAAGAUAACAACAGGAUUCCUAUUACAAUCCUUAGAGACACAGGGUCUUGUCAAUCUCUGUUUUUAGAAAGCGCUUUGCCUGUUUCGGAGAAAACUUAUAUGGGCGCUGACGUACUGGUCCAAGGCGUUGGGUCAGGAUUUAUACCCGCCCCGCUUCACCAGGUUUACCUUGAAUCAGACUUGGUGUCCGGGCUUGUUCAAGUGGGCGUGUUGCCUACUCUUCCAAUGGAAGGAGUAUCAUUACUCCUUGGUAAUGAUUUAGCAGGUGAUAAAGUUAUUGUUAACCCUAUAGUAACUAACCAACCUGUUAGUGAAUGUACAGAAAAUGUAUUCGUCCAACCAACAGGAAUCUGUACUAGGGCAAUGAGUGCUAAAAUGUUAGAAAAUGAAGAUGAAACUUCUGUUGCUGAAUCCAGUCCUACUCAUAGUAAGGAAACAUGUAAUGGUAAAAGUUCCAAACUAGAAGAGCAUGGUAGUUUAAACAAGGACGUGCUUAGUCGGGAGCACCUGAUUUAUGAGCAAAAUAGGGAUCCAGAAUUAUUAUCCCUUAGAGAUAAAUCAUUAUCUGGGGAAGAAAGAGACAAAGUUCCUGUUUGUUAUUUUGAAAAGGAUGGUGUAUUGAUGAGGAAAUGGAGACCUCCAGAUGUAGGUGUGGAGGAUGAGUGGGAGGUGGUGUAUCAGAUUGUGGUACCAAAGGUAUAUAGGGAGCAGGUAAUGUCAAUAGGUCACGACAGCCCUAUGGCUGGGCAUUUGGGUGUCACCAAAACUUAUAAUAGAGUUUUGACCCAUUUUUUCUGGCCUAAGAUGAAAAGUGAUGUAGCUCAGUACUGUAGAUCUUGUCAUAUCUGUCAGGUUGUGGGAAAACCAAACCAAAAGAUACCCUGUGCCCCUCUCCAACCCAUACCAGCCUGCGAUGAACCUUUUUCGCAAGUUAUUAUAGAUUGUGUAGGUCCCCUACCUAAAACUAGGUCAGGAAAUGAAUACCUAUUAACUGUGAUGUGUGCAUCGACAAGGUUCCCAGAAGCCAUUCCUUUAAGGAAUAUAAAGGCUACCACUAUAGUGUCAGCAUUGACAAAAUUCUUUACAUUAGUUGGUUUGCCCAGAUCUAUACAGUCUGAUCAGGGCUCAAAUUUCAUGUCUACUGUUUUUCAGCAGGUGAUGUAUCAGUUAGGUAUCCAACAGUUCAAAUCCAGUGCGUACCACCCAGAGUCCCAAGGGGCACUUGAACGUUUUCACCAAACUCUUAAAAAUAUGAUACGCACCUACUGUUUGGAGUAUGAAAAAGACUGGGACACUGGCAUUCACAUGCUAUUGUUUUCGGCUCGUGAAUCGGUUCAGGAAUCCCUGGGCUAUAGUCCAUUUGAACUUGUAUUUGGUCGUAAAGUCCGUGGACCUUUGAAACUUCUGAAAGAAAAAUGGUUGGAAGAAAGCACCGAUACCAACCUUCUAGAGUAUGUCACCAAUUUUAAACAAAAACUGGUCAGGGCUAGGGAAAUAGCUAGUACAAAUUUAAAGGCUAGUCAGAGGAAAAUGAAAACUUGGUAUGACAAAAAUGCUCGGAGUCGAGUAUUUGAACCUGGAGAAAUGGUAUUAGUUCUGUUACCGGUGCCAGGGCACUCCCUACAGGCUCGUUAUCACGGACCUUAUGAAGUAGAAUGUAGAGUAGGAGAGCUGGAUUAUGUUGUUAAAACUCCAGGGCGUAGGAAAACUAAACAGCUAUGUCAUAUCAAUAUGUUAAAGAAGUAUGUUGGUCGAGAUGACCCCAUGAAUACCAAAAGUGUUCCUUGUGCUAUAGUAAACCCAGAAGUAGUGGAGAACAGUAUUGAUGAUCAGGAUAUAGAACCUGAUGAUAGGGAUUGUUCAGUUAGACUUAGGAACUCUGAUGUUCUCUCAAACUUGGAUACAAAGUUAGAACACCUGACAGUUGGUCAGAGAGAAGAGAUGAAAGGUUUAAUUAAUGAGACCAUACACCUGUUCCCAGAUGUCCCUAAUAAGACUACAGUAUUGUUUCAUGAUGUUGAUGUAGGGGAGGCAACUCCGAUCAAGCAACAUCCAUAUAGGCUUAACCCAGUUAAGGCUAAGAUAAUGAGUGAUGAAAUUCAGUACAUGUUGGAUAACGAUAUAAUCGAACCUAGCCAAAGUGAAUGGAGUUCUCCGUGUUUGCUAGUUCCUAAACCUGAUAAGUCAUUCCGGUUUUGUACUGACUUUCGUAAAGUUAAUGCGGUUACUAAAACUGACUCUUUUCCUAUGAAGAGGUUGCAAGAUUGUAUUGACAAAGUUGGUAGUGCAAAAUAUGUUACAAAAUUUGACCUUCUUAAAGGCUACUGGCAGGUCCCUUUAACGGAGCGAGCAAAGAAUGUCUCCGCAUUCGUAACUCCGACCGGUCUGUAUCAAUAUAAGGUCAUGCCCUUUGGCAUGAGAAAUGCCCCUGCCACUUUUCAGAGGCUAAUGAACAAGAUGAUAGCUAACCUUGAGGGUACAGAGUGUUAUAUAGAUGAUGUAGUUAUUUAUAGUGACACUUGGGAGCAACAUGUGAAACAAGUGAGUGCGUUCAUGGAAAGAAUGAGUGAGGCAAAUCUGACAAUCAAUUUGGUCAAGAGUGAGCUUUGUUGUGCGACAGUUCAAUAUCUAGGUCAUACUGUAGGUCUAGGUCAAGUAAAACCUGUACAGGCCAAGGUUGAAGCUAUUGAUAAAUUUCCAAUUCCCAGUAACAGAAAAGAAGUUAUGAGAUUUUUAGGCAUGGCAGGAUUUUAUAGGAAUUUUUGUCCAAAUUUUUCUACUGUGGCUUAUCCAUUGACCAAUCUACUUCAAAAGAAUGUGAAGUUUAAGUGGAAUGCAGAAUGUCAAGUUUCCUUUGAGAAGAUAAAGGCUAUACUUACCAACAAACCAGUGUUAGUAGCUCCUGAUUUUGAAAAGCCCUUUACUAUUGUUGUAGACGCUUGCGAUAUAGGUGUUGGAGCUGCUUUGACACAAAAUGUUGAUGAUUUUGACCACCCUGUUAGUUACUUUUCAAAGAAACUUAAUAAGCACCAGAGAAACUAUUCUACGGUAGAAAAGGAGUGCUUAGGAUUGGUUCUAGCAGUACAACAUUUUGAAUUCUAUGUAGGUGGAUCUGCUUGUCCGAUCACUAUCUUAACUGAUCAUAAUCCACUUACAUUCCUCCAAAGGGUGAAGUAUAAAAAUCAAAGACUUUUAAGAUGGGCUUUAACCCUGCAAGAGUUCAACCUGGAUGUAAAACAUGUUAAGGGAAUAAACAACAAAGUUGCAGAUGCUCUGUCUAGAGCAGAUAUAAGUCUACAAUGUGUUUCCGAUAAGUGUAUGAAUCCGCGCUCCGCAUUGGACGUGUGUGUAUCUUUCUUUCAAUCCGUGCUCCGCAUCAGUAUACAUGGACUUAUGGGAAAAUCACGGGAAAAGUGCUGUAAGAAAAACGCGCGGCGAUUCCUGGAGAUGCUGAGCGUUCGCAUGGCGAGACAGGAGUUGGAAGAGGUGUUUGUGUGA